AUGCUGCGGCAAACUCUGGCACGUUCAGCUCUGCGGACGAGCAGGCAGAGCUGCAACACUUCAAGAGCGUUCGCGACCACGAGCAGGAGACCAGCGGAGGUCCAGCUUACUGUUGAUGGCAAGACGGUCUCGAUAGAAGCUGGUUCUGCGUUGAUUCAAGCUUGCGAGAAGGCGGGAGUGACCAUACCCAGAUACUGCUAUCAUGAAAAGCUUAUGAUUGCUGGAAAUUGCCGGAUGUGUUUGGUGGAGGUUGAGAGAGCUCCAAAGCCAGUUGCAUCAUGUGCAUGGCCUGUUCAGCCUGGAAUGGUCGUCAAGACGAAUUCGCCCCUCACACACAAGGCUCGAGAAGGAGUUAUGGAGUUUCUGCUGGCCAAUCACCCUCUAGACUGCCCUAUUUGCGACCAAGGAGGAGAGUGCGAUUUACAAGAUCAAUCUAUGCGAUACGGUGCUGACAGAGGACGAUUUCACGAAAUUGGUGGCAAGCGUGCAACGGAAGACAAGAAUAUUGGACCCCUCAUCAAGACAUCCAUGAACCGAUGUAUCCACUGCACAAGAUGUAUUCGAUUUGCCAACGACGUUGCUGGUGCGCCCGAGCUUGGAUCUACUGGCCGUGGAAACGAUAUGCAGAUUGGGACAUACCUCGAGAAGAACUUGGACUCGGAAAUGUCUGGAAAUGUCAUCGACUUAUGCCCCGUUGGAGCUUUGACUUCGAAGCCCUACGCAUUCAGAGCAAGACCAUGGGAAUUGAAGCACUCCGAGUCAAUUGAUGUUCUGGAUGGCCUUGGAUCAAACAUUCGGGUGGACUCGAGAGGUCUUGAGGUUAUGCGAAUUCUUCCCAGAAUCAACGACGACGUCAACGAGGAGUGGAUCAACGACAAGUCACGUUUUGCUUGUGAUGGAUUAAAGACUCAGAGACUCACCACGCCCCUGAUCCGGAAAGACGAUAAGUUUUUCCCUGCCACUUGGGAGCAAGCCUUGACUGAGAUCGCUGCUGCCUACAAGGACUUCGCACCGAAGGGUAACGAAUUCAAAGCCAUUGCUGGGGAGCUCAUCGAGGUCGAAUCAAUGGUGGCUUUGAAGGACUUGGCCAACAAGCUUGGUUCUGAGAACUUGGCUCUGGAUCAACCCUCCGGAAGUCAACCAAUCGCUCACGGAAUCGACGUUCGUUCAAACUACCUCUUCAACUCAAAGAUUUGGGGUGUAGAGGAAGCUGAUGCAAUUCUCAUCGUGGGAUCCAAUCCUCGAUGGGAAGCAGCUGGUUUGAAUGCUCGUAUCCGCAAGCAAUGGAUGCGCUCAGACCUUGAGAUUGGUGUUGUUGGCGAGACAUGGAACUCUACUUUCGAAUUCGAGCACCUUGGCACCGACGCCGCUGCUUUGAAGAAGGCUCUUGCCGGGCCAUUUGGGAAGAAACUUCAAGCAGCCAAGAGACCAAUGAUCAUCGUUGGCUCAGGAGUUACUGACCACCCAGAUGCAAAGGCCAUCUAUGAGAUGGUUGGCUCUUUCGUGGAUAAGAACGCCGCAAACUUCCUGUCUGAGGAAUGGAAUGGUUACAACGUUCUCCAACGUGCUGCAUCAAGAGCUGGUGCUUACGAAGUUGGCUUCACCACUCCAUCGACUGCGGUCGCAAACACCAAGCCCAAGUUCGUCUGGCUCCUUGGUGCAGAUGAGUUCGCAACGUCAGAAAUUCCCAAGGACGCUUUCGUGGUCUAUCAAGGACACCACGGUGACCGCGGCGCUCAAAUCGCCGAUGUCGUCCUCCCUGGGGCUGCAUAUACCGAGAAAGCAGGCACCUACGUCAACACCGAAGGCAGAGUUCAAAUGACUCGAGCGGCCACUUCAUUACCGGGUGCUGCACGAACAGACUGGAAGAUCAUCCGAGCAAUCAGCGAGUUCCUCGGUGCACCAUUACCUUAUGAUGAUGUUGCAGCUCUAAGAGAUCGUAUGAUCGAGAUCAGCCCUGCGUUGGCCAGUUACGAUGUUGCUGAGCCAGUUGCAUUGAAGCAGCUGAGUAAGGUGCAACUGGUGGACCAGAACAAGGGCAGCAAGCCAAGCGGUGAGGCAUUGAAGAAGGUUAUCGAGAAUUUUUAUUUCACAGACGUCAUCUCAAGAAGUUCGCCAACAAUGGCUAGAUGUUCUGCAGCGAAGGAGACAGGCAACCCAGAGACCAACUUCCUGGCACCUGGAUAUUCAUCAGAGAAUCCUCAUGGUCGUGUUGCAUAUGGGCCGUGA